AGCAACAGACUCACAGGUACCACACCAGACCUCCAAAGUGCCGCGUGGACCGAAGACUGUCAUACGCUCCCUCCACCUCGAUUCUAUCGUACACAGUGCGAUGAACCUGGGAAAAACACACACCAUGUCUGUAACAAACUACAACAUCUUCUGAACUUUGCCAAUGUGGUUGAUUGUGCUAUAAUACAGGUUCAG